AUGGCAAUGAAUAGGCCUGACAAGCUGGCCUUCCUGUCCAUGCAGGCCCCGGCUGGCUAUGUGGCUGGUUUGGGACGUGGUGCAACUGGAUUUACGACGCGUUCCGAUAUCGGACCUGCGCGUGAAGGUCCAUCCGCUGAGACUGUGGCUGCUGCACGUGCGCGGCGGGGUGAAGAGGAGGAGGACGAUGAUGACGAGCGAUUCCAGGAUCCAGAAGAGGAGGGAGGUCUCUUCGCCACCGCUGUAUAUGAAAAAGAUGACGAAGAAGCUGAUCGAAUUUGGGAAAGUGUCGACAGACACAUGGAUGAGCGGCGGCGCAAACAGCGCUUGUCGCAAGAGGCAGCGGAGCGUGAAGAACUGCGACAAUCGCAGCCGAAAAUUCAGGCGCAGUUUUCGGACCUAAAGCGAAAUUUAGCUAGCGUGACCGAGUCAGAGUGGGCCAAUCUGCCUGAACCUGGUAACUUGACCGGUAAGCGACGCAAGGCGGCAUCGCUGCGUGAGAGCCGUGACAAUCGGACAACUGCCGUACCUGACAGCGUGCUUGUAUCUGCGCGAGAUCGUAAUCAGAUACAAAAUACGGCAGCCGAUGUAGACGGUACGGUCAGCUCCUUGACAGACAUUGGUGAAGCGCGUAAUAAAGUAUUUUCACAUCAACUGGACCAGGCCUCGACACAAAGUCAGAUCGCUGCCUCUGGCACGUCUUCUACCAUUGACCCAACAGGGUAUCUUACGGAACUGUCAGGUGUGUCAGUCAAAUCGAGCGUGGAGAUUGGCGAUAUCAAAAAAGCGCGCAGUUUGCUCGAUUCGGUCAUCAAGACGAACCCAAAGCAUGCUCCUGGUUGGAUCGCAGCGGCUCGUCUUGAGGAGGUCGCAGGAAGGAUGUCUAUUGCGCGCAAAGUGAUCGCUCAGGGAUGCGAACAGUGUCCUCGUAGUGAAGACGUAUGGCUUGAAAGUGCGCGGCUUACUACGCCGAAUAAUGCCAAGGUCAUCUUGGCCCAGGCCAUUCAAUUCCAAAGCCAGAGCGUCAAUAUCUGGCUUCGGGCUAUGUCACUAGAGAAUGAUCUUGAAAGCAAGAAACGCGUGGCUCGCAAGGCUCUUGAGCACAUCCCGAACUCUGUCAAGCUAUGGAAGGAACUCGUGAACCUGGAAGAAACCCCCGAAGAUGCACGCGUGUUGCUGGCAGGGGCAGUAGAGGCCGUUCCUAUGAGUGUGGAGUUAUGGCUUGCGCUUGCGCGUCUCUCUUCAGAAACAGAUGCCAAGAGCGUACUGAACCGAGCUCGGCGCACAAUUCCCACAUCUCAUGAAAUAUGGAUCGCUGCUGCACGGCUCCUAGAAGAGAAUGGUGAGGAAGCCGAGCGAAUUUACAAAACUAUGUCGACCGCUGUACUGUCGCUCAACAGGGCGGGUGCAAUACUUAGCCGCGACCAGUGGCUUCGUGAGGCCGAGCAGGUCGACAAAGAGGGUAGUCCCACGACAUGUGCAGCCAUCGUGCGGGCGACCGUGCACCUUGAUAUUGAUGCCGAGGAUCGACGACGAGUAUGGUCGGAAGAUGCCGAUUCGUGUCUCGAUCAUGGGCGCGUUUCCACAGCGCGCGCGAUUCUCGCCUGCGCUUUGGACGAGUUCCCUGAUUCACUUGAGCUUUGGCAGCAAGCUGCUAGACUUGAGCGGCUGCAUGGCUCACAUGUUUCAUUAACAGACCUCCUGGAACGCGGCGUAGCGCAGUGUCCUACAGCAGAGUUCUUGUGGCUCAUGUAUGCCGAUGAUCGGCGUAGGGACGGCGAUCUGCACGGUGCGCGUCAAGUUCUCACGCGUGCUUCUGAUGCAAAUCUGGGCUCAGAAUCCAUUUCGCUCGCAGCUGCCAAGCUUGAGUCAGAAACGGGCGAUAUGGCCUCUGCCACAAACAUUCUUGCUCGCGCGCGUAAAGAGGUCCGUACCGAGCGCAUUUGGUCGGCCAGCGUGGACAUGGCGUGGCGCCAGGGGGCAUUUGACGAGGCACUGGCCUUGGUCCAACAAGGCCUUCGUAUUUUUGCCUCCUCCGAAGCAUUGCACAUGACGCAUGGACGCCUGCACGAAGCGCGGCUGGAUGUGUCGGCUGCGCGUGAGGCAUAUGCGGCUGGACGUCGGGCAUGUGCAUCGUCCGUCGCAUUGUGGCUCUUGAGCAGCCGACUCGAAGAGUCAGCAGGUGUCCUCAUUCGCGCGCGUGCCCUUCUCGAAAAAGCACGUCAACUCCAUCCAACCAGCGACGAGCUGUGGAUGGAGUCAGCUGCUGUCGAAAUUCGCGCUGGUAGUGUGGCACAAGCCAAGACGCUUCUAAGUCGCGGCCUGCAGGUAUGUCCAUCAAGCGGUCGUCUGCUGAGUGCCAGCAUUUGGCUGGAACCGCGUCCAGCACGUAAGGGACGUGCUGCUGAGGCUCUACGGCGGUCGAUGGAUAGUCCAUACGUGAUCUGCACAGUGGCACGCCUGUUCUGGGACGAGGGCCGCUACCCACAGGCUCGCGAUUGGUUCACCAAGACCAUACAGGCAGCUCGCUCGUGGGGCGAUGGAUGGGCGUGGUGGUAUGCUUUUGAAGGUACGCAACCCGACGGAGCCACUCAGCGUGCACAUCUCUUGGACAAAAUCGAGCUCGCUGAGCCCAGGGACGGCGACGUUUGGAAAGCACUACUGACCAAGCCUGCCCAUGCGGGGCAAUCAGCGCGCGCCUUGCUCCCCAUUGCAGCAGAGGAAGUGAUGCAUCAACCAACAUACAUGUCUACGACAAACUAG